AUGUCAAACCUUGACGCUUACAAGAUCAUCAAACCUUUAGGAUCAGGCUCAUUUUCCAAAGUAAAGCGUAAAACACCACCUAGUUGCCGAGCACAAAGUUUCUCAGCGAAAAGUCGCAAUAAAAAUAAUCAAAAGGCGGCUUAUUCAAGAAGAACGAUUAUUGAAAAAGGUCAAGAGAGAAAUUAAGAUUUUAAAGAUGUUCCAUCACCCACACAUAAUCAGACUGUAAGUAUUAGCCAGAUAUGAAGUGAUUAAGUCUUCCAAAGAAAUCUUUCUAGUGAUGGAAUAUGUCCCAGGAGGCGAUUUGUACAGCUUAAUAGAACGAAAUGGCCGACUAUCAGAAAAUGAAGCCAGAGUUUACUUCCAGCAAAUCGUUUCUGCUAUAUCGUACUGUCAUGACCACAAAGUAGCCCAUAGAGACAUAAAGCCAGAAAAUAUUUUGCUUGAUGAAGAAUCCUCAUUGAAGAUCGGAGAUUUUGGUCUGUCAAAUUUUACGCAGGAUGGGGUUUUCCUGAAGACUUCGUGUGGCUCACCGAAUUAUGCCGCACCUGAAGUGAUAUCAGGAUCGAAUUAUUGUGGGCCUGAGGCCGAUGUGUGGAGCAUUGGAGUAGUGCUCUAUGCUUUGUUAGCUGGAUUUUUACCCUUUGAUGAGAAUAACAUCACAGCUUUGUUUUCUAAAAUUAAAGGUAAGAGAUAUUUAGCCGCGAAUUUUACAAUUCCCCACCAUUUUUCGAAAGGAGCAGCUGAUUUAGUGUGCAGAAUGCUGAAUAAUGAUCCUGUAUCCAGAAUCACAAUGAGGCAGCUUAUGGACCAUCCUUGAUAUCUAGAAAACAUCCCUAUGCAUCUUCAAUUUAAAGAAACUAUCAUAGACUGCAAUGGGACUAUUGACUGUUUAUCAUCAUAUCGUGCAAAUCGAAAUAAUCGAGAAAUUGAUGAAGAGCUCUUGGAGCGCUGCAUGAAUUUUCCUGAGUUUAAAAAUCUAAAACAAGACAAAGCGCAGCUGCGACAAGCAAUUCUUAACAAAUCUCAAGCACUCUUUGUUGUCUGCUAUGAAAUUCUUCUAGAUGAAAAAUUAAAAGAAAAAAGGAAACUGCUUAAUGAAAAGACUAUCAGCUUAGAGCCCCUCUUCAAAAAGAAAAAUGGAAUCUUUUUGCUCCCUCCAGACGAUGAAGGACCUAUGAUAAUGCCCAAAAAUGGAACCAAGAUGCACACCAAUUUAAGUACAGGGCUCUUACACAAUUGAGUCUAUGGCUUCAGAUGCCUCGUCUCCGCAUACUCCUUAAUGCUGCAUUUAUUUGAAGCAUUCAUCGAGCUCGAUUUAGAAUGGAAACUGGUCACAAAUUUCGAAAUUAGGGUUAGGACAGUCGGCUACGAAGAUGCCCUUCUAGAAGCUAUUGAUACCAAAAAUAUUCAGCCAACACAAUACGGAAAGCACGUAAAAUUUGAUGUGAGAAUUUACAAAGUAAUUUCUAUAUAGCAAGAAGAUAUUUUUAUGCUAGACUUUACCAUAAUUUCUGGACAGAUGAUGGCUUUUCUUGAUAUUUGUGCCUCUUUAUAUGGAAAGCUGAGAAUGAUUCCCAAACUUCUAAGAAAGCCUUCCAUAUAA